CGUUCCGCCAGGGGGCGCUCGGAUGAGCGCCGACUCCAGGGGACACGGGGUUGCGGAAAGGCGGAGCCCUGCCUGGCAAGAUGGCGCUGCCCGCGUUGUUCCGCCUGUUCUCCAAGCUGUUGGCUCCUGCCAGGCUCCCAAGCGGCUCUUCAGCGCGAUCAAAGUUCUACAUUCGGGAGCCGCCACAUGACAGACCUGACUGGCUGAAAGUUGGACUGACCUUGGGCACCUCCGCCUUCUUGUGGAUCUAUCUCAUCAAACAACAUAAUGAAGAUGUUUUAGAGUAUAAAAGAAGAAAUGGGUUGGAAUAAACUAUUGAAAUACUAAUAUGGUAUCCUCCAUAUAGUGAUUAUACUAGUUCCUUUGGAUUCACCAAUCUGUUGAGUUGUAAACGUGAGAGAAAAAGUUAUAUGUGAAUGUAUGUCAAAUCAGCAUUUGUGUUUUGCAUCAUUAAAUGAAAAAAUAAAAAUAUUUCUGUAUUCUUCAAAUUA